ACAAAUCACCUUACAAUCUCUCUACUGAUCUCUACUCUUACUUCUUCUAUUCUACAAUCUACCCUCAUUUCUCUCUCUAAAACCCUCUUCACUUUCUCUCUCUAGAUUUAUUUCUUUAUCAGCUCAACUGAUCCAACUCCCCUUUCAUUUCUCUCCUUAUUUCAUUUAUGGAUCUACCACUUCUACCUCUCUCUUAAGAUCUUCUAAGCUCAAAUAAUUUACACACACACACAUAUAUAUAUACGAGCUCUCUCUCUUUUAUCGUAGCUCCAUUUUUUUUUUUUCAAUUGAUAGAAAUGAAGGUACCGUGCUGCUCGGUGUGCCAAACGCGGUACAACGAGGAGGAGAGAGUCCCGCUAUUGCUCCAAUGCGGACACGGCUUCUGCAAGGAGUGUCUGUCCAAGAUGUUCCUGGCGUGUCCGGACACGACGCUCCCGUGUCCGCGGUGUCGCCACGUGUCCGUCGUUGGAAACUCCGUUCAGGCACUAAAGAAGAACUUCGCCGUCUUGGCUCUCCUCAGCUCCUCCGGUCCGAUUCCGUCUUCGGCGGCGAAUUUGGACUGCGACUACACCGACGACGAGGACGAGGACGGCGACGGCGAAGACGACGGCGACGACGUGGAGUACCACCGACGGUGUAGCCGGGGGUCGCUCGCGUCGAGCUCGUCGGCGGCGGCUGCGGGCGGCGGGUGUGGGCCGGUGAUUGAGGUUGGGGUGCACCAGGACUUGAGAUUGGUGCGGCGGAUAGGGGAGAGUAGGCGGGCCGGGGUGGAAAUGUGGGCGGCGGUGAUUGGCAGCGGGGGAGGGCGGUGUCGGCACCGCGUGGCGGCGAAGAAGGUGGUGGUGCCGGAGGAUACGGAUGUGGAUUGGGUGCUGGGGCAGCUGGAGAACCUGCGGCGCGCCUCUAUGUGGUGUCGAAAUGUGUGCACUUUUCAUGGGGCAAUGAGGAUGGAAAGGAGCUUGUGUCUUGUGAUGGACAAGUGUUGCGGUUCGGUUCAGUCAGAGAUGCAGCGGAACGAGGGAAGGCUUACAUUGGAGCAAAUCCUAAGAUAUGGGGCUGACAUUGCACGAGGGGUGGCUGAACUACAUGCGGCAGGCGUUGUUUGUAUGAAUCUAAAACCAUCCAAUCUUCUUUUGGAUGCAAGUGGUCGUGCAGUGGUUUCUGACUAUGGACUUGCUGGCAUUCUGAAGAAACCUUCCUGUCGGAAAGCUCGAUCAGAGGGUGAUUCCUUAAAAAUUCAUUCAUGUAUGGAGUGCACAAUGCUCAGCCCAAAUUAUGCAGCUCCGGAGGCAUGGGAACCGGUAAAAAAGUCAUUGAAUCUGUUCUGGGAUGAUGCAAUAGGUAUAUCUGCAGAGUCAGAUGCAUGGAGUUUUGGUUGUACAUUGGUAGAAAUGUGCACUGGUUCCAUCCCGUGGGCUGGUUUAAGUGCAGAGGAAAUCUAUCGGGCUGUGGUCAAAGCUCGAAAACUGCCCCCACAGUAUGCAAGUGUAGUAGGUGUUGGUAUACCAGGAGAAUUGUGGAAAAUGAUUGGUGAAUGCCUGCAGUUCAAGGCAUCAAAAAGACCAACUUUUAAUGCAAUGUUAGCGACUUUCCUCCGUCAUUUGAAAGAGAUACCACGCAGCCCCCCUGCAAGCCCUGAUAACGACUUUGCUAAAAUCUCUGGACUUCCGGCAGAACCAUCUCCUGUAUCAGAUCCAGAAGGUUCUCAAGAUUACUCCAACCAUUUGCAUCAACUUAUGUCUGCAGGUGAUGUGAGUGGUGUUAGAGACUUACUUAUAAAGGCUGCGUCAGGAAAAAUCAGCAGCUCAAUCUAUUCACUAUUAGAAGCUCAAAAUGCUGAGGGUCAAACUGCUCUCCACUUGGCUUGUAGACGUGGUAGUGCAGAACUUGUCGAGGCUAUUUUAGAGUACAGAGAGGCAAAUGUGGAUGUUUUGGAUAAAGAUGGGGAUCCUCCACUUGUUUUUGCCUUAGCAGCUGGAUCGCCAGAAUGUGUUCGUGCUCUCAUUAAAAGAGGUGCUAAUGUGAGAUCUAGGUUGAGGGAAGGCUUUGGUCCAUCUGUUGCUCAUGUUUGUGCCUACCAUGGUCAACCCGACUGCAUGCGUGAGUUACUUUUGGCUGGAGCCGAUCCUAAUGCAGUGGAUGAUGAAGGUGAAUCUGUGCUGCACAGAGCUGUUGCCAAGAAAUAUUCUGACUGUGCUCUGGUCAUAUUGGAAAAUGGAGGCUGUAGAUCAAUGGCUGUUUUGAAUUCAAAAAAUUUGACACCAUUGCAUUUGUGUGUCGCAACAUGGAAUGUGACAGUCGUCAAAAGGUGGGUGGAAGUUGCAACCGUGGAAGAGAUCGCUGAUGCAAUUGACAUACCAAGCCCAGUUGGCACUGCACUGUGUAUGGCAGCUGCUGUAAAGAAAGAUCAUGAAUUUGAGGGAAGAGAACUGGUGCAAAUAUUGCUUGCUGCUGGAGCAGAUCCAACAGCCCAAGAUGCUCAACAUGGACGGACAGCUUUGCAUACAGCUGCAAUGGCUAAUGAUGUUGAGUUGGUCAAGAUCAUUCUUGAGGCUGGAGUUGAUGUGAACAUCCGAAAUGUGCACAAUACAAUUCCUCUUCAUGUAGCAUUGGCCAGAGGGGCAAAGUCAUGUGUUGGAUUGCUGUUAUCUGCAGGGGCAAACUGUAAUUUGCAGGAUGAUGAAGGUGACAAUGCAUUCCACAUAGCAGCAGAUGCAGCGAAAAUGAUACGUGAAAAUCUUGAAUGGCUCAUUGAUAUGCUCAGAAAUCCAAAUGCUGCUGUUGAAGUCAGAAACCACAGUGGUAAGACACUAAGAGACUUUUUGGAGUCUCUUCCCCGUGAAUGGAUUUCUGAAGAUCUGAUGGAGGCACUCAUAAAUAGGGGACUUCAUCUGUCUCGUACAAUAUUUGAAGUGGGAGACUGGGUUAAAUUUAGAAGAAGCAUCACAACUCCAACAUAUGGGUGGCAAGGUGCAAAGCACAAAAGUGUGGGCUUUGUGCAAAAUGUCCCAGACAAAGACAAUCUCAUUGUUUCCUUUUGCUCUGGAGAGGCUCGUGUUUUAGCAAAUGAAGUUAUAAAAGUGAUUCCAUUAGACAGGGGACAACACGUCAUGCUGAAACCAGAUGUCAAAGAACCCAGGUUUGGUUGGCGUGGGCAGUCACGUGACAGUAUUGGAACUGUACUAUGUGUAGAUGAUGAUGGGAUCCUGCGUGUUGGGUUUCCUGGAGCAUCAAGAGGAUGGAAAGCUGAUCCUGCAGAAAUGGAAAGAGUUGAAGAAUUCAAGGUUGGGGAUUGGGUUCGCAUCCGCCCCACUCUUACAACAGCAAAGCAUGGUUUAGGAUCUGUAACACCAGGGAGCAUUGGUAUUGUGUAUUGUAUCAGACCAGAUAGUAGUUUGUUGUUGGAAUUGUGCUAUCUUCCAAAUCCAUGGCAUUGUGAACCAGAGGAGGUUGAGCCUGUCUCCCCUUUCAGGAUUGGUGACCGGGUAUGUGUCAAGCGAUCUGUUGCAGAACCUAGAUAUGCUUGGGGGGGUGAGACACAUCACAGUGUUGGAAGAAUAAGCGAGAUAGAGAAUGAUGGUCUCUUAAUAAUUGAAAUACCAGAUCGACCAAUACCAUGGCAGGCUGAUCCUUCUGACAUGGAAAAGGUGGAAGCUUUUAAGGUUGGGGAUUGGGUUAGAGUAAAAGCUUCAGUACCAUCUCCAAAAUAUGGGUGGGAGGACAUUACAAGGAACAGCAUUGGGAUAAUUCAUAGCUUGGAGGAGGAUGGUGAUAUGGGAGUUGCCUUCUGCUUCAGAAGCAAGCCUUUUUCUUGCUCUGUGACAGAUGUGGAGAAGGUGCCUCCUUUUGAAGUAGGACAAGAGAUUCACAUGAUGCCAUCUGUUACUCAGCCACGACUUGGAUGGUCAAAUGAAACUGCUGCUACAGUUGGGAAAAUUGCGAGAAUUGACAUGGAUGGGGCUUUGAAUGUGAGAGUGACUGGCCGACAAAGCUUGUGGAGAGUUUCUCCUGGAGAUGCAGAACGACUUUCUGGAUUUGAAGUUGGUGAUUGGGUACGUUCAAAACCAAGCCUGGGAACUAGACCAAGUUAUGACUGGAACAGUAUUGGUAAAGAAAGUGUAGCUAUUGUGCAUAGUGUACAAGAGACUGGUUAUCUAGAGUUGGCUUGCUGCUUCCGUAAAGGGAAGUGGAUUACUCAUUACACUGAUGUUGAGAAGGUUCCGUGCUUUAAAGUUGGGCAGUAUGUUCGGUUCCGGUCUGGAUUGGUUGAGCCAAGGUGGGGCUGGAGAGGGGCUCAGCCUAAUUCUCGAGGAAUUAUAACUAGUGUCCAUGCUGAUGGUGAAGUGAGGGUCGCUUUCUUUGGUUUGUCAGGGUUGUGGAAAGGAGAUCCUGCGGAUCUUGAGACAGAGCAAAUGUUUGAAGUGGGAGAAUGGGUGAGAUUGAUAGAUAAUGCAAGUAAUUGGAAAUCCAUUGGGCCAGGUAGCGUUGGUGUAGUGCAAGGUAUUGGGUAUGAAGGAGAUGAAUGGAAUGGAACCACUUAUGUUGGGUUUUGUGGGGAGCAAGAAAGGUGGGUUGGGCCUACUUCCCAUCUUCAAAGAGUGGAAAGGCUCAUGGUUGGCCAAAAGGUAAGCGUUAAACUCUCUGUGAAGCAGCCGAGAUUUGGGUGGUCAGGCCACAGCCAUGCAAGUGUUGGAACUAUAUCUGCAAUUGAUGCUGAUGGAAAGCUGAGAAUAUAUACUCCAGCUGGGUCAAAAGCUUGGAUGCUGGAUCCAUCAGAAGUCGACCUAGUAGAAGAAGAGGAGCUUCGCAUUGGAGACUGGGUUAGGGUUAAGGCGUCAGUUUCAACCCCAAUCCACCAAUGGGGAGAGGUGAGACAUUCAAGCCUUGGGGUGGUGCACCGUAUGGAAGAUGGAGAGCUAUGGGUGGCAUUUUGCUUCCUGGACAGGCUGUGGCUUUGCAAGGCUUUGGAAAUGGAACGGGUUAGGCCAUUCAAAGUGGGGGACAAGGUGAGGAUUAGAGAAGGGCUGGUGACCCCACGUUGGGGAUGGGGAAUGGAGACACAUGCGAGUAAGGGACAAGUAGUGGGGGUAGACGCAAAUGGGAAGCUAAGGAUCAAGUUCCGAUGGAGAGAAGGGAGGCCAUGGAUUGGAGAUCCUGCUGAUAUUGCUCUUGAUGAGAGCUCGGUUGGCAUAAUGGGCAAUUCAUGACAACCCUCCAACCUAUGUUCCUUCCAGUUGUGUCCUAAGCCCUAUUGGUUUUUGGCCUCUCAACUCAUUUAGAGAAGUGGAAGGCUGGAAGCCAUUGCUAUUCCGCCGUGCAACCAGAGACCCACAUUGGAUCCAUACCUUUGUUGCAAUGGGCGCUAUGAUGGCUGGAUUUACGUAUUGUUAAUAAACAAAAGAAUACAAGGGAUGGACAGUGGACAAAAGAAGGGGGAGAAAUUGGGUUGCCUUACUGUUUAUUAUAGGGAAUACAAGGGCAGCCAAGAGAAAAGGUGCAUUAGGCUAUUUGUAUUUCAUAGAUGUUUGUAGUUGACAAGCUUUGAGGUAUAUAUAUGAUUAUUUAUAUCAUUGUACAAAUUGAACCCUUUGAUCUUGUGAGUUAUUACAUUUUUGUCUCUCCGCAACCUUCCACUCUC